GUUUAUUUAAUUUUCUGAAAAAAAAAAAAGAAUCUUUUUUUGUUUUUUGGAGCAAAAAUUUAGUGGUGAGUUUGAGCUAUUUGUGUCUGUCUUUCUGACAUUCCAAUAGCAUAAAAAAAAAAUUCUCACCUUUUUUUUUCUUUUUUCUGCAAAAACUUUAAUUCUUCCCAUUUUCAAUAAAAAAGAAUCUUUUUUGCUAGAGUGAGUAAAGAAAAAAAAACUCAAUUUUUUCUCCAAAUUUAGAAGAAAAAACCACAUUUUCAAGAAUCUUUUGUGUUUUUUUUUUGAGCCAAAAAAGAAAAUGGAGAGAUUAACAACAACAAAUAUUCUUCCAAAUACAUUUUAUGGAAGAAGGGAUGAUAUAACAGAACAAUUUGGUAUAAUGUGGAGACAAAUAAAAGCUCCAUUAAUUGUUCCAAUUUUAAAGAUUUUAGUAUUUUUAUGUCUUGUUAUGUCUAUAAUGUUGUUUAUUGAAAGAGUUUACAUGUUUCUUGUUAUUACAUUUUUGAAAUUUUUUGGUAAAAAACCAGAAAAAAGAUAUAAAUGGGAACCAUUAAAAGAUGAUGUUGAGCUUGGAAAUUCAUCUUAUCCUAUGGUUCUUGUUCAAAUUCCUAUGUAUAAUGAAAAAGAGGUUUAUCAGCUAUCAAUUGGAGCUGCAUGUGGACUAUCAUGGCCUUCUGAUCGUAUUAUAGUACAAGUUCUUGAUGAUUCAACUGACCCUAUCACUAAGAAUUUGGUGGAAAUGGAAUGCCAAAGAUGGGGAAGUAAAGGAAUAAAUAUAAAAUAUGAAGUGAGGGAUAAUAGGAAUGGGUACAAAGCAGGUGCAUUGAAAGAAGGAUUGAAGCAUAGUUAUGUGAAACAAUGUGAUUUUGUUGCUAUUUUUGAUGCUGAUUUUCAACCUGAACCUGAUUUUCUAUGGCAUACUAUUCCAUUUUUGGUGCACAAUCCUCAACUUUCACUUGUUCAAGCUAGAUGGAAAUAUGUAAAUGCUGAUGAAUGUUUAUUGACAAGAUUGCAAGAAAUGUCAUUGGACUAUCAUUUUUCUGUUGAGCAAGAAGUGGGCUCUUCUACACAUGCUUUUUUUGGAUUUAAUGGCACUGCUGGCGUUUGGCGAAUCGCCGCGAUAGAAGAGGCUGGAGGUUGGAAGGACAGGACAACGGUCGAGGAUAUGGACCUCGCUGUCCGCGCUAGUCUCAAGGGAUGGAAAUUCUUGUUCCUCGGUUCUGUCAAGGUAAAAAACGAAUUGCCAAGUACAUUGAAGGCCUAUCGUUAUCAACAACAUCGUUGGUCAUGUGGUCCAGCCAAUCUCUUCAGGAAAAUGUGUAUGGAGAUUGCAAGAAAUAAGAAAGUGUCUUUGUGGAAGAAGGUUCAUGUGAUUUACAGCUUCUUCUUCGUGAGGAAAGUCGUAGCCCAUAUUGUUACUUUCGUAUUCUACAUUGUGGUAUUACCCGCCACUGUAUUAGUACCUGAAGUUGUGGUGCCGAAGUGGGGAGCUGUUUACAUUCCUGCCAUCAUUACGAUACUCAAUGCUGUCGGAACUCCAAGGUCCUUCCACUUGCUGGUAUUUUGGAUCCUUUUCGAGAAUGUAAUGUCACUCCAUCGAGCUAAGGCCACCUUCAUCGGCUUGUUGGAGGCAGGACGAGUGAAUGAAUGGAUUGUCACGGAGAAAUUAGGGGACGCUUUCAAGUUAAAAUCAGCUACCAAAGCAUUUAAAAAACAUCGAAUGAGACUUGGUGACAGGAUUCAUUUGUUAGAGUUUGCUGCUGGUGCGUACCUCUUCUUCUGCGGGUGUUAUGAUAUUGCCUUUGGGAACAACCAUUACUUCCUCUACCUCUUCAUUCAAGCGUUUGCCUUCCUCAUUGUUGGAUUUGGUUACGUUGGCACAUUCGUGCCCAACUCUUAGUCUAUGCUCGUGAAAACUGAUUUUAUGAUCUGAAUCUUAAGGUUUUUACGCCCUGUGCUCCCCCUCGGUAGCACCAAAAGAAGUGGCGUUUACAGUGGCCUUGCGCGCCUUUCUUGUUUUCGGGUGAUUUUUGUUUUCUUGUAAAAAGAAGGAAAGUUGGUUAUUCUUUUUAGAUAAUGUCAAGCAUAAAAGUGAUCUGAGCCUCGUGGGCUCGCGGGGCUCGGAUCGUGUUUGUUCUAUUUUUGUAUAUUCCAGAAAGAGUCACUAGGCAAGAAAGAGAUGAAAAAAACAAGAAAGUAGAAGGUGAAACUGUUUUUAUUAUUUGUCUUCCUUUUUAACUUAGAUGUAAUUUGGUUUCAAUACAAAGUGAAAGUUUGUAGAGUUGAA